CCCCCAUAGUAAUCAAAUCAAAAAGUCAGCGCCAUUCAUCAUCAUAACUUUCCAUUUCGAUCUCCAAGCUUAGCUUCAUCAGUUCAAGAACCGGGUUUUGAUGGGCGAGUGUAUUGGGUUUGAAGACAACUGGGGCCUGCAAGCCAUAGUUCAACAACCUCCAUUAAUGGCCUCCUCCGAGUUCACUCUCCAAUCUUGCCACGACUACCUGUUCGAUUUCUCCCAAGAAAAUGUUCUGAACUUCGAUGAUUUUGUCAGGACCGCCAUGGUUCCCGACGAUGCCUUGUUGGAGGAGCUUUACAAGCCGUUUAUCCAGCCUGCAGCGUCCAUUUCCUUCACCGGAGAAGUGAAACAAGAAGCCGCUGUUCAUCAGAUGCAGCAGCAGCAAGACGGUGAUGUUAAGAAGAGUGGUUUAGAUAAAUCUUCGCCUGUUUUGGAGGCUCCUAAUAAUUAUGUGCCCAAGUUCAAAAGAAGGAAAAAUGAGCAUAAAAGAGUGGUGGUUCAAGUUCCAGCUGAAGAACUGUGUGAGGAUAAGUGGGCAUGGCGAAAAUAUGGCCAGAAACCCAUUAAAGGCUCUCCCUAUCCGAGGAGCUAUUAUAGGUGCAGUAGCUCGAAGGGGUGUUUGGCGAGGAAGCAAGUAGAGCAAAGCAACAGCGCGGCGGGGAUGUUCAUAGUAACCUACACGGCGGAGCACAGCCACAGCCAGCCGACGCGGCGGAACUCCCUGGCCGGGACUAUCAGAAACAAGUUCCCACCGGCCGUGAAAGCAGCUGCCGAGGAUUCAACUGCUCAUCAUGUUCCGGAAUUGGUGGCGGCGUCAUCAGCUCUGUCGUCCCCGACCGCCAACAAUUGGAGGGCGGGCAGCGAGAUCAAAGACGAGGAUGAUGAUGAUGAAGAGUUGGGGGAGAAGAUGCAGGUCGUUGAAAUGAGUGAUCAGAGCGGUGUGUCGCAGGUGGCGAUGGAUAAUGAAGAUUUCUUUGCAGGGUUAGAGGAUCUGGAUGGGCUAAUUUCAUACUUUUCUUAUUCUUCACAAUGUAACUAUCCCUCAAUGUUUUCUAGCUAGCUGUUGGGGAAAAAUAUAUAUCCAUUCAGUUUUGUGAAUACUAAAUAGUAAGUGUCACAUGAAUGAUGAAGUUGUAAUAAACUCAUAACACACAGUUACUUUAAAUAUGGGUAUAUUGUCACACAC